CCUUUCCUAUUCAAACGAAAGAACGAAAGCAUAAUUCUCAUGCUAAUCAGCUGGUGCAGAUUCGUGCAACGCACAACCCAGGCUUAGCACAAUGGGUCCACGAAAAGAGUGGACACUUGGGAGAACAAGCUUCAUACAGGUGGGCACAACAAAGGGGAAUCCUUGUCACCCAUGAUGAUAUUGCCACUGCAGUACAACAAUGUCAGUUAUGCCAACAGUUAAAUAAACGGGGAGUUCCACACCCCUACCAAGGUCAUAUCCAAAAGGGAUUAUUUCCCGCCCAUACCUGGCAAAUAGAUUUUAUUGGACCAUUGCCUAAUUCUUGUGGAUAUACUUAUGCCUGCACUGCUGUUGAUACAUAUUCUGGUUAUUUAUUGGCUAUACCAGCUAAAGUGGCCACCCAACAGAGUGCCAUAAAAUUAUUAGAUAUAAUCAAGUUAUAUUAUGGAACACCAAGGCAAAUUCAGAGUGACAACGGUUCCCACUUUACAGGUAAGUUGAUUCAAACCUAUACCAAGGAAAAUUAUAUAGAAUGGAUUUAUCAUAUACCUUAUUACCCCCAAGCUGCAGGCCUCAUAGAACGAAUGAAUGGAUUGCUUAAACAACAAUUGAGGAAACUUGGUCAUGGCUCAUUAAAGGGGUGGCACAACCAUCUAAGUACUGCUCUAAAUGUGUUAAAUAAUAGGCCACUAGGCCCUAAUGAGACUCCUCUGUCAAGGUUGUUACCAACAAAGAUUACAGAAGUGGCAGCCGCCACCCAUGAGCUUAUGACCUUAACCUAUCGGCCCCUGACUCAGUCUGCUAAACCGCCUUUUCGUGCCACGGCCGAAGCGGCUGGAUUGGAUUUAUCUACUGUUCAUUCUAUUCAAUUGCCCCCUAAGAAGCAGUCUAUAGUCCCUACUGGGAUAGGGGUACAAUUUCCCAAAAAUACCUUUGGUUUGUUAAAAGGACGCUCUGGACGGGCAGCAAAAGGUAUUGAUGUACUAGGAGGAGUUAUUGAUCCAGAUUACCAAGGAGAAAUAAAAUUUAUAUUAUAUAAUGGUAGUGACACAGUACUAACUGUAGAGUCUGGGGAACGAGUGGGACAAUUAUUGGUGCUUCCCCUCCUGACCCCAAAUGUGUCACAAGGACAACCUCCAAGUGAAUUAACUAAAAGAGGAAUGCAAGGAUUUGGGUCUACCGAUGGAUGGAAACCUGGAGCAAAGAUGUGGGUGACACAUCCACCCAAUGCGGCUCCGCGUGCCGCAGAAGUAGUGGCCCAAGGGCCCACUGCAACGCUCAUAGUUAUGUAUCCAGGAAAUGAACAAUUAUAUCAUGUUCCUAAAAAUUCUGUUUCUUUGCGUGAAUAGAUAUUCCUGCUGUGUUUGCUAUGCUGUGCUGCACUUCCAUGUCUGCUGCAGACCUACAUGCCAACUAAUGUCUCUGUAGGACAACCUUUGACCCUGCACUGCUGGACCAACUGUUCUACACCAGUGGGACCU